AUGAGUUCGAAUAAUGAUUUCAAAUCCGUGCCACAAGCUAGGACGUCCGCCCCAUCCAAAACUACGUUCCAUUUCGUCGCUGGUCUUGCCUCGGGUCUGACCUCGUCUAUCCUCCUCCAACCCGCCGAUCUGCUGAAGACUCGAGUACAACAGUCGCGAGAGACUGCUGCUUUGCUUCCCACAAUCAAAGCGAUUCUAUCCUCCGACCAUCCUGUCCGCAAUCUUUGGCGAGGAACGCUGCCGUCCGCCCUCCGAACAGGCUUCGGAUCAGCACUGUACUUCACAAGCCUCAACGCUCUCCGUCAAAGUUUAGCCCAAACGGAGACUUCAUUCGCAGUCGCGAGUGGGAAUGGCGUCAAAAACGGUCAAAUAUCGUCCUCUGCGCUGCCUAAACUCUCGCACACGGCUAAUUUGGCGACCGGCGCGGUCGCCCGUGUUGCGGCGGGAUUCGCUAUGAUGCCGAUCACAGUCAUCAAGGUCCGAUAUGAAUCCGAUUACUACGCUUAUCGCAGCUUAUAUAGUGCUGGACGGGAUAUUGUUCGGACAGAAGGAUUUCGGGGUCUGUUUGCUGGGUUUGGCGCGACUGCUGCCCGAGACGCGCCGUAUGCUGGCCUCUACGUGCUUUUCUAUGAACAACUAAAGAAAACCUUUGCUCGUGUCAAGAGCUCGGGCCACGGCGAUCACACGCAAACUGCUUCCUCGCCUGCGGUCAACUUUGCGUCCGGCGCUUUGGCCGCCGGUUUUGCGACUGCGGUCACCAACCCCUUUGAUGCCGUCAAGACCCGUCUCCAACUGAUGCCUGGAAAAUACGGGAACAUGUUGCGUGCUGUCCAGCUGAUGAUCCAUGAGGAUGGUGUCCGAAGUCUCUUUGGCGGCUUAGGGCUGCGGAUGGCUCGCAAAGCGCUUAGUUCGGCCCUUGCAUGGACGGUGUACGAAGAACUCAUUCUUCACGCCGAGAAAAACUGGGCCAGCCAGAACAAAAUGAAGCUCUGA